AUGCCUCCGCAGCGAGUGUUCGCCGUGCCAAGGCAGCAGUCUCUGCUCCAACCUGCGGUGCUCAACCCGUUUGUUCAAGACACCAAGCUCACCAAAACUGCCAUCAUUAAAUGUGCCCUGUUUGGAAUCAUCCUGGUGCCUCUUCGGGCCGUCCUCAUGUCUUUGGUCCUGAUGGUGACAUGGCCAGUGUCCGUCAUCAUAACGUUCAAGCAUCCUCUGAAGGGAGCAGUGAAGCCAAUGACGGGCUGGAGACGGUUUAUGUGUCAGAGGGUAAUGGCCGCCCUUGGGAGGGCGUACUUCUUCUCCAUGGGUUUCAGAGUUGUGGUCAAGGGUAAACAGGUCGGCAGCAGCGAGGCCCCCAUUCUGGCCGUGGCGCCUCACUCCACCUUUUUUGACGGGAUUGUGUGCAUCGUAGCCGGCCUCCCGUCCACCGUCUCACGUGUGGAGAACUUGGCUACACCCAUCUUCGGCAGGUUUGUGCGCUGUCUCCAGCCUGUGUUGGUUUCAAGACAUGAUCCAGACUCCAGGAAGAACACAAUCCAGGAGAUUGAUAAAAGAGCCAAGUCAGACGGCCUCUGGCCGCAG